AUGGCCAAGUUUUCCUCGGCGGUCUCCAGCUCGAGGAGGAAGAGUCGCAAGGCUCACUUCUCCGCGCCUUCCAAUGUGCGGCGGAAGCUUAUGAGCUCCCCGCUCAACGCGGAGCUGAAGCAGAAGUACAACGUCAAGGCCGUGCCGAUCCGCAAGGACGACGAGGUGCAGGUCGUCCGCGGCACCUUCAAGGGCCGUGAGGGCAAGGUGACCACUGUGUACCGCAAGAAGUGGGUCAUCCACAUCGAGCGCAUCACGCGGGAGAAGGUCAACGGCGCCACCGUGUCUGUGGGCAUCGACCCCAGCAAGGUGGUCAUCACCAAGCUCAAGCUGGACAAGGACCGCCGCGCGCUGCUGGAGCGCAAGGCGGCCGGCCGCGGCGGCGACAAGGGCAAGUUCACCGAGCAGGAGGUGCAGGCCAUGCAGACCGUGGACUAA